GUCGAAGUGAGUGUUUCCUGUCCUCAAUAUGAUCGUGGGUUUCGCUUUGCUCGUUCGCUCGUUCGAGUUGUAUAUUGGAUUCACUCGUGGUUGUACCAGUACCUUGAAAACCAUUUGACUUGAGGACUUCGUCGUAUUUCUUUUUCAUGAUCUCCACCUGCUCGUGGCUUGCAAGACCAAGAAGAACCAACGGCGAAUUUUCACACACUUUUCCCAACAAGAAACUCUGUUUUUUCAAAGCAGCAAGGGGCGCUUUCUCAUGAAUUGAAGUUUCAAGAAUACGUACAAUAAAGAUCGCUUACUCAGUAAUACAAUUACAACAUCCCUUACUCAGUCUAAGAAUAAGAAAAGUUCGCUUACCCUGUAUCAAAAGUUCGCACAAUAAGAUAUUUCUUUUCGCUCUAGUCUGCUGAGCUUUUUCUCUCACUGGUUUCUCCCAGGUCUCUCUUGUAGAAAGAACUGUUGUACCCCCGCACCACCACCGGAGUGCCUACUGCAUACCAAGACGGCAAAAAACCCUCGAUUCGAUUCGACACGACCCACUAUCCUGUGCAACAUCGCUCCUCGCGCCUGCUAUGCACCUUCGCAAAUGUUGUAGCAACUCAGGGAGCCACGCAUGACAAAUUUGAAUUGGGGGGUCUGCUCUCGUGCUUAUCUGGUUGCGCUGCGAUAGUAGCACGAAGAUGUCGCCUUAUCCCGGUCGGAAUAGCAUGACAAAUUGCCAGAAAAUGGCACUCAUGAAAAGCUGCUCAAGAGCCUCUCGCAGAUGAUGAAAGAUUUGCAUGACAGCAUGUGGGGGGCGAGGGUUUUCGCACAGGAUAGUACGACCCCUGGUAUGAUGAAGACCAACGGAGCGCUCGCGGAUCGGACCCGGACCGCCGAGGGUAUGACCUGAAAACUCAUUUCCUCUCUGCGGACCACACGCAUUCGUGCUCGUAAUGCGUGGUUAGCAGUGGAGAAAGUGGUGCUUUUCUUUUCAUAUAGAAGCGGCAGCGCCACGUCCGCAAGGACGAGGCGAGUGGGAAAAUCCGUAUCAAAUGCAAAUGUGUCUGGGUCUGGAAGGAUGCAAGAAACCUGUGUGUGAUGCGGAAUUAUCUGGAACACCAGGGAAAAUAAAUCUGUGUUGCUUAGGAUGCAAAAGCAGAUAGCCACUUUCGUCUCCAAGCUAGGGCGUUGCUCAUGCAGGCAAGGCAUGGAGACAGAUGAAGCCUGCGCAAAGUCUGUCAACAUGCUCUGUGUGCCUUCCAGGCCUCCUCGUAAUUCCAAUUGCAGAAACUGCAUGACAAAUAUUUGUUUUCUGCUUCCAGACCCAGACAUAUUUGCACUUGAUAAUCCGGAAGACCAAGCUGAAAGCCGCUUCGCGACUGCACGAGGCGAAUGAAGAGCUGGAAGCUGCUCUCAAUGCGAAAAAGGUGGCCACCGACGACUAUGGGGGCGUAUAGGAUCGAAAUCGACCAGAGUUGAAAGAAUUUGUCAUGCAUAAAACACGAUGCGGAAACAGCUUGUAUUGCAGAGCAGCCACAUGAGGCCGGUUGUACUUGAGCUUGUUUCUUGGGGUUUGAUAAAUGAUGCGAAAGUAGUCUCCUACUUUGCCCCAAACAGCAUGAAAAAUUGGAUUUACGUGUAUGCUUGCAAAAUUUCUCGUUCGCCUCUUAGAAACUUAGGGCUCAACACCAACUUAUAUCGAUUUUAUUAUGCAUAAGAAUGACAAAUCAUUUCAUCGACUUUCUCGGUUUAGAUCUUGACCGUUCAAUAACCAAUGGGACGCGGUUAUCGUGCGCAAAAUUUUUACUAGCAUAUCGGACUUGGCAUUCUGCAGAUGCGAAUAAACCGAAAUCGGAGCUCAUGAGAGUGCACAAGUCCCCCUCCCCCUCAUUUGUGAUGCAAAAAAAACCCAAAGCCGCAUCUGAUCUAUAAGCACAAAUAGCAUGACAAAUUUUGGAACCACAAGCAGCAUUACAAUCCGUGUGCCGCAGACAAUGCCAAGCGAAAGAAUACGCUAGCUGCAUUUCUUUGUCAUGGCGGUUCUCAAUCAAAAACAUGCGGAAAAGGAGUUGGAAAUGAAAAACUUUGAUUUUCAGAUCAAAGAAAUCGAGAACGUAUCCUGUGGAAAUAGAUUAUCGUCCCUUUACUUCUUUGGAGUGGAUUUCCUGCUCAACCGAAAAAACUAAAAUGGUUCGCAUUUGCAGGUGUGCAGGUCAUGGACUGGAAAGUUGAAGUUGUGAUGUUGAUUUGAUUUUGGAAAAAGUAAAAUAAUUUAUGUAGUCGAAUCGGUAGAAGAGCCGUACGGAGCUGCGCGAUAGUCUUCUACAGGAUAAGGGCGGAAAAGAGCAGGGCUGAAGGCAGCAGAGGAGGCAGUCGCGACUGCGUACAAAAAAGUGUACCAACCCGAAAUAUCAAUCUAGGUCUGGAGAGUUGUCAACCUCUCACGUGCAUAAUUGCAUUUGCAAAUAGGCAGUAAUACUACACAGAUACGGGUGCACCAGUUGACAAAUACCACAGCCGUAGUUUUGACUGCUUCAUCUAAACAUUGUCAUGUCAUGCAGCCGCCUACGCAUGGGAUACGCGAAUCGGAUCUCUGCACGACGAGCAAGCUCCGCUUUCGCGCAACAUGCACCACAGAGGUCAUAGUUCUGAUCGUAGAGCAUUUCAAAUGAAUCAAAUUGAAGAGGGGCGUUGCACCAGCAACAGGCAGCAUCCACCUGCCCCUCCAACCAAGUUUGUCAUUCAAAUCCAGUAUCGUGAGUAAAAACGUUUGCACCCCGGAGUUGCUAGUACAUAAACACCCACCGCUGUCAUGCAGAUUUGCAUCUGCAUCUAAGUGCAGGAACCUCACUAAUGCGCAUUCCUAUGAGAGGCAUUUCCAAACGUGCUGUUUUGGAAUUUGUAAUGCUGUAAACAGGAUAAAUAUAAGUAGAUGGCUUUGCUGAUGUGAUGCGGCUGUACUUGCUAAACUGCACCAUAAUAAAAAGAGAAAAUUGUCAUAGUGCGUGACAUCCUCCACCAAAAGUUCUGGAUGUGUGUAGCGAGAUCCCCAUUCUGACUCUGGGGUGAGAACGUGUUUGCACAGGAUAUCCAGGCCAAGUGAGGUAUUUCCAGCGCAUAAGGCCCGAGAGGAGGAGGAGGAAGUGGAGAACCUCCGUGACAUGCUUACUUUUACCGAAAACGGUAUUCGACAAUUACAUUUCCAAACUUCAAGUGAUUUGCAAGAAAAAAAUGUGUAAUGCGAAAACUACGUCAUUUCCUUCAUUUCCAUGAAACACAAGCAGAUCGUCUCAAAACAAAGAAAUCUGUAAUGCGAUUGUAACAUCAUUAAACCGGAAAUUCAAUAAAGCAGCUGUGGGGAUGAACAACAAUCGCCCGAUCGGAGCCGGAACGAAAGUGAAUCUGGACAAGUUAUGCCGGUGAAAAAUUUUCGACCCUCUCCAGUUCCAGAUAGAAAAGUGUAGAACAGAUUUGUCAUGCUAAGUACAACAUUUACCCUAGUGCUUGGCAGACCGUGCAUCAUGUGCAAUUACCAUAGUGCAUAGUGACGCACCAUGCAUGACAAUAUUUGAAGCUCUGCCAUGCAAAUGUAGUACUGUGUGUUGCUACAGCGCAGGCAGAUUGUGAACAUGUGAUGGCGUGUAGAAGCCCGCUUGUUCGGCCUCACAAUGCUCGUGCCUGCGGUUCGGUGCACAGCAUUACAGAUAUAGCACAUGCAAAUAAGUGCGUCGCUGCUGCCGACAAAGCUCUUCGCCGUGGCUACACAGGAGGUCACGCACUAGGUAUUAUACAUAGCCAAUUACUUAGCCAACAGAAGGCUUGUAGGUGGGGAGAGUGGAAGAUUUUUGCACUUUUACAACGAAUUCCCGAGCAAAAGGAGCUGCACACCAAUUCCGGUAUUUUCUCCCGCAUCUAUUAUUUUCUGGGAAAGAAGAAGAACUUUUAUAUCACACAGUCACAAAGCACGAGACGCAGAUCGAUACGCUUUAAGCAAUAUUUUAGCAUUCUUUCAUCAUGUAAUGUUUACAAUAUUAUGCCCGUUCUUGUUGUGAUUGUGAUAGCACCGUACUACUUUGCACAUAGCGAAAAGAAGUUGGCGCUCCAUUGUACCAACAAGUGCGAACUUGUCGAUCAACUGGAAUCGGAUACAGUCAAGUAUAAGUAUACCUGCAACAACGAUAUUCCUUCAGCGACGAUGGUGCCGCACGGGAAGACCACUUUUUCCUCCCACUCGUACAAUGGCCACUCGUCGAAUUUUGCGCAAGCCGGAGCGCACCACACCGGUACUAAGCUGCUAGAGGCCGUUGUAGCCGGAAUCGUUUUAUUUUCGGACAUCUGAGUAGGAUUCAAAAAAGCAGCAUUCCUGCAUGACAAACUCAUCAUGAAUAAAGUCAAAUUUGACUUCAAACAGGUACCUCUUCUGCUUCGGGCUUCGGCGGAAACAAGAAGUAUGGCGGGAUCCAGAGUUCCCUAUGCAUUGCAAAUAUCUCUGGGUCUGGAACAAGGUUGGAACUUGUCAUGCUAAAUCUGAAUCAUGUAAAAAUCUGUGUUGCUUGAUUUACCAAAAGCACUUGUGACCUAAGCGAGACGUCGCAGUUUGUUCUCAUGCAGAACAGGCAUCAUAGAUCUAUCACAGAAUCUGUCAUGCUAUGUCCUACAUACCAGACCUCAUGGGUCAUGAAAAACCUGCAUGACAAGUCUAGCACUCUUCCAGGCCCAGACAUAUUUGCAGUUGAUAUUCCCCGCCGAAAGGCCACAACUUCUCCAGCAUCUAUAUCGACUGAAAAUACGCCUGGGUUUGGGAUAAGCGCGUUUUACUUAUAUGUGAAGAAUUGCUCCACGAAAUGCGAAUUUUCGCACCUAGCGAAAGAGGAGGACUUUUUUGAUGAAUAGCACAAAAGAUUCGACAGCUUGCUUGAAAAUGGGAAAUCGCGCUCUUGCAUGACAGACAACUGCCGCUCCUCUGCUUCGUGCAUCACACAUUUUGGCUUCAUUCCAAAUGUGCAAUGCAGUUCCGCAGUCCCCCACACCCAGACCUCCUUGCAGUGGAUAAAGUCGGAAUACCACGCCUGGACCAUGAAGCAGCAUCAGCAUCCGCAGGUGGUAAGUGCAGUGUGUAUAAUUACUUAGUGUCCAAGAAAAUUUCCAUUCUCAUCAUGAGAAAGCGUCUUCGUGAUGUUCCAUUCUUUCUGAUGCAGAUGAACCUGAACGCACAGAAGGUAAAUCCCUUAGAUUCAUCUCUUCACCGACCUAUUUGUCAGUACUAGUUAUGCAUGAGAAACAAAAAGUGGUAUGAUUCAUUCUGAAACAUAAGAGUACUUUUCCGAAAACACAACAGCAGCUGAUCGGGGCCAAGAAGGAACCCAUCGCGGAAAAAUCUGGUUUUUUGUCCAAAAUCCAGAAACGAAUUUUACGAGAAAGGAACCAAAAUAAAACCGUCAUGCUUUUUGUACAACAACUGCGCUCUCCCGUUUGAUACAAUUUGCACGUUGACUGGGCUAAGUCUUAGAUAUGCAUUGCAACUGUGCCCGCGUCUAGGACGAAAGUUGACGUGAUCAUGUUCCUUUUGCUGCUGUCGUGCGAAGACGACGGAAUUUGUCAUGCAGAACGACAUGUACGCCUCGGUGCCAGAAGUGCAAUUGACAAUUGUGCGACAUACUAGCGUGACGUCUUUCCCUGGUACAGCUAUUCGGCAGUAAACCGGCGGCGGGGAACGGCAUGACUCUGGACAGCGGGGCGACGAUGAACCUCUCGGACGAGGCGGGGAGGCCGCUAUCAAAAGGACAAAUCCUCCCUCCCCAUAUCAAAACGAAGUUUCUGAUGCUGGAUUUGAGUACACAAAAGAGACUUGUCUUGCUAGAGACCACUGCAGACCCAUAUCCAACCUGAGUAGAGACAGAGAAGCUUUAACCCAGGCACCUAGCAUGGAAAACGUCC